GGCCCAGAGAUCCUGGUCCGGAUCAACCCCCUCGACGCCGACGGCGGUGAGCUCUGGGGCAAGGACCUCGCUGCCUGCGCCAAGUACUCGGACGGCUUCAUGCUCCCCAAGAUCAACUCGGCGGCCGACGUCGAGAAGAUCGCUGCCAAGCUGGACGAGGUGGAGGCGAGCGUGGGGCGGAGUGCGGGGCGGAAGAACGUCCUCCUUCCUAUCGCCACCGAGACCGCGGAGGGCGUGCUCAAUCUUGCCGCGAUCGCGAAGGCGUGUCCAGGUCGGGUCGUUGCCAUCACCUGGGGCGCAGAGGACUUGUCGGCAGAGAUCGGAGCCAGCCGGAACAGGGAGAGUGGAGGCGCAGACUCCAAAAAGCCGGGGCCCUACCUGGAGGUCUUCCAGUACGUGAGGCAGCUGUGCCUUCUGGCCGCCAAGGCGGCCAACAUCCAGGCCAUAGACGGCGUGUUCGCCGACGUGCGCGACCUCCCCGGCUGCGAGUCCGAAGCUGCCGGGGCCGCGGCGUCGGGCUGGGACGGCAAGCUGUCUUUGCACCCCGCGCAGGUCCAGGCCAUCCACGCGGGGUUCGCUCCCUCGGCGACCGAGAUCCAGGAGGCGGCCUCGGGCGGGGGCAACAGGGGCGCUCUCCUCUACAAGGGCCGGAUGCUGGACAAGCCCCACCUCCUCAGAGCUCGGAAGCUGCUGGCCAGGCUGGGGCCCGAAGGGGUGCCCACCGAGGGCAAGCCCAGGGCAGACGCCGCGGUUCCUUUUAAGCGCGUCUUUCAUGGCAAGUACUUCGACGAGAUGGAGGUGGGUGAUGUCAUCGUGGCGGCACUGACCCGGACCGUGACGGAGGCGGAUAACGUGCUGUUCACGUGCUUGAGUAUGAACCCGGCGCCCAUUCAUUUAGAUCACGAGCUCAGCAAGCAGGGCGAGUUUGGCGGGAAGCCUCUCUUCAACUCCAUGUUCACGCUCGCCCUGGGCGUUGGAAUGAGCGUGCUGGAGACUACGCACGGGACCACCGUGGCCAAUCUGGGCUUCUCCGAGGUGAAGUUCCCCAGGCCGGUGUUUCCCGGUGACACGCUGCGCGUGGAGACCGAAGUCGUCGACAAGCGGGAGUCGGCGUCGAGGCCGACGCAGGGGAUCGUCACCUUAAGGCACAUGAUGUACAACCAGAAAGGGGAGAACGUGUGCAUAGCGCAACGCCAGGCACUCAUGAUGAAAAAGCCGGUGGCCAAGAUGUGA